AUGGCGACCAAGAAAAACCUGGACGGCCCAAUGGCGGCCUCGUACCAGCCGGAAGACGUGGAGAAGGACUGGUACGCUUGGUGGGAGCACGAGAACUUCUUCUCGCCGACCACUCUCUCUCUGCACCAGCGCCAAGUUUCCGGCUCCUCCCCAGCUCCGGUGUCGGCGGAACUUGCAGCCACCACGAAAAAGGAGAACAAAUUCGUCAUGGUCAUCCCGCCUCCCAAUGUCACGGGAUCGCUCCACAUCGGCCACACCCUCACAGUGGCAAUCGAAGACUCCCUUGCUCGAUGGCACCGCAUGAAUGGGAAGAUCGUCCUCUGGAUCCCGGGUGCUGAUCACGCAGGAAUUGCCACGCAAAGUGUCGUCGAGAGGGCGCUGUUGAAGCAGGGUGGCCCUUCGCGCCAUGAACUGGGCAGAGAGGCGUUUCUCCAGAAGGUCUGGGACUGGAAAAACCAGUACGGCGGCGCGAUCUGCAAUCAGCUGAGACGCGUCGGCAGCAGCGUGUCUUGGCCCCACUUCUCCUUCACCCUUGACGAGAAACUCUCUCGCGCAGUCGUCGAGGCGUUCGUCCGCAUGUAUGAUGCGGGGCUAAUCUACAGAGAGGAGAGACUGGUCUCCUGGUCGCCCUACUUGAAGACGGCCAUCAGCGAUAUUGAGGUGGACGUCGAAGAGAUUGACAAACCCAAAAAAAUUACCAUUCCCGGAUUUGAGUAUCCCGUGGAGGUCGGCUAUUUGUGGCAUUUCGCGUACGAAGUCGAAGGCGGCGGGCGUCUCGAGGUCGCUACGACGCGUAUCGAGACCAUGCUGGGAGACGUCGCGGUUGCGGUCAAUCCCAACGACGAGCGCUAUACGAAUCUCGUUGGAAGGCGCCUCAUCCAUCCGUUCUUCCCACACCGCGACAUGCGGGUCGUUGCGGACGAGCACGUCGUAGCGACCUUUGGAACGGGCGCGGUCAAAAUCACCCCUGCACAUGACAAGAACGAUUAUGCUAUUGCCAAGCGCCACAACUUGCAGUGCAUUUCCGUUUUCACGCUGGACGGGAAGAUCAGCCAGGAAGGAGGUCCUUUCGCCGGGCAGCACCGCUUCGAGUGUCGAUUCAAAAUCCAGCAGGCGCUGAAAGAUCUCGGUCUGCUGGGCGAGAAGGUUCCCAACACACAUGCCAUGCAGCUGCCUCGCUGCAGCCGAAGUGGAGACAUCAUCGAGUACAUGCUGAUUCCUCAGUGGUGGUGCGCAUGCACGGACAUGGCCGCUCGCGCUGUCAAGGCCGUCCGGAACGGGGACCUCAAAAUUGUGCCGGCCUUCCAUGAAGACGUCUGGUACCACUGGUUGGAAAACAUCAAAGACUGGUGCAUCUCGCGCCAGCUGUGGUGGGGCCACCGAAUUCCCGCGUACCGCGUCACGAAGCCUGCGCAGCAGGAGGAGACGUGGAUCGUAGGGCGCACGCACGAGGAGGCGCUGGAGAGAGCAGCGGCGAAGUUGGGGAUCGACGGCUCCCAAAUUACUCUGGUGCAAGACGAAGACGUGCUCGACACCUGGUUCUCGUCCGGCCUGUUCCCCUUCAGCGUCUUUGGCUGGCCAGACCUGACCCAGGACAUGCAGGCCUUCUUCCCGACGACUCUGUUGGAAACAGGGCACGACAUUCUUUUCUUCUGGGUUGCUCGCAUGGUCAUGAUGUCCCUCCAGCUCACGGACAAACUUCCGUUCGACACCGUUUUCCUCCACGCCAUGGUGCGCGACGCGCAUGGGCAGAAGAUGAGCAAGAGCAAGGGGAACGUCAUUGAUCCGCUGGAGGUGAUUUCUGGGAUUUCUCUGGCGGAGCUCCAGGCAAAACUGCACACGGGCAAUCUCCCCGAGAAGGAAAUCAAGCGCGCGGAAGAGGUGCUGAAGAAAGAGUUCCCGAAAGGCAUCGAAGCGUGCGGCUGCGACGCCUUGCGCCUCGGCCUCCUCGCGUACACACGCCAGGGCCGGAAUGUGAACCUCGAUUUGAACCGCGUCGUGGGCUACCGCCACUUUUGCAACAAACUCUGGAAUGCCACCAAAUUCGCCAUGGACAAAUUCGAGUCUGCUCCGCAGCUCCUCCAGCGAAGAGAAUCGGCAGAGGCAGCGGCCGUGAACGGCAACGAGCCGAAAGCUGCGUUCCGCCCCGGGGGCAUCUUCAUGGGCAGCGUCGGGAUUGGCAAAGGGUCGCAAGAACUCACAGGGCGCACCGGGGUGAAAUAUGACCAGCUCGAGUGGGUUGACCGGUGGAUCUUGCAUCGACUGUCUGUCACAUGUACGGAGGUCAAGAAGGCGUUCCACGAGUACGCCUUCUCUGAGGUAGUGACGGCGAUAUUCAACUUCUUCCUGUACGACUUCUGCGAUUACUAUCUAGAGCUCUCCAAGCAGAGACUCACUGUCCGGUCGGACGCGGAGAAACAAACCACGCGUGACGCAACUAGGUUUUCCUCUUCGCCCUACAUCCGCUCCCUGUGUGCCCUCGAAGUACUGCACGUCUGUCUUGAUCGGGGGCUUCGUCUUCUUCACCCCCUUUGUCCCUUCAUCACAGAAGAGCUUUUCCAGCGCCUCCCAGCUCAUGAGACGAAACCGACCAGUAUUUGCAUUGCCGAUUAUCCUCAGCCAGUUAUGCAGUGGACUGACUACAAACUCGACGACGAGAUGGAACUAUUCAAAAAUGUUGUGUCUCAUUUCCGCUCCCUCAUUGCCGCCUUAGACAUCCCCCCGAAAAUCAAACCCGUUGGGUACGUGAUGGUCACGGACGCUGCACCAGGGAAAGAAAUGGAGCACGCGUCUUCGUCUCUUCUUUCGUUCUUCACCGCGAGAGUGGAAGAUCUUGCAGCAAUUGCCAAAAUGUCAAAGAUUUCCGUGCGGGCUCCGGAGGAAGGAGCUCCAGACUGCUGCGUGAGCGAUGUCGUGAGCGGCUCUGUGUCCAUCUUCCUUUCCGUCGAGGACGGGGUGAAUCUGGCGCAGACGCUGGAGAAGAUGAACAAGAAGAAAAUAAACCUCGAGAAAAUGAUUCAGGGGUAUGAGAAGAAAGAAGCGAUGCCCGCAUAUGAAGAAAAGGUGCCAGCAGAUGUACGGGAACAAAACAGUGUAAGAAAGGGCGAGUUGCAGGCGGAGUUGAUGAUGCUUCUUCAAGCGAUUGACAACAUGAAACAGCUUUCGGGCCAGUAG